AUGGCUGAUCCUAGAUACAAGUACGUGCAAGAAAGGAUUGAGCAGGGGUUGAGGGGUUGGGAGUUCAGUCCAUCGGUCGAUUCUCUGCUCUCCCAAGGGAAGAACCGCCAAAUCCUUGAAGAUUUUAUGAAACCAAAUGGACCUGAAAAAAUGAUGAUAUGCUGUCAGCGAAGUACCAGCGGGAAGAAUAAGUUGUACAUGACCACGGGACAGGACGAAAUUCUGAAUGGCAAAUGCUGUUACUUCACAAGAGUUAAUCCGAAGGGGAUUGAUGUCAAGUCCUUUGAAUUGGAUUGCGCUUAUGGAGAAAUUGUUGGAAAUCCACUUUCAAACUUCAACGUGGUAGUACAAGACGUUUUCCGGUUUGCAGAAAUGCUCACAGAAGCUGUACACAGUCUGAAGGGUGGAAUUGAGUUGCCUAUGCCCGAUUCAAAAUAUGAAACAAUUCAACCCACCCAGCCGGCUUUCGCCAAAGCUGCUGUUGAUAGCGACGUCGUAACUCACUUCGAAAACAUCGUGGAGAGAUGGUGCUCGCAAAUUGAAGAUCUUCUCGAUGAAAAGCAACCUCCUUCCAAAGACGCUGAUGAUUCUGGCCCUGAGACAGAGUUCGAAUAUUGGAGGACAAGGAUGGCCAAAUUCAAUCAUGUUGUAGAGCAAUUGAAAAAGCCCAUCGCUAGAGUUGUGAUUGGUGUGCUCACUACCGCCAAAUCAAAACACUUGAAACGGUGGAAGCUAUGUGACAAUGGGAUCACUGACGCAUUGAACGAGGCCAAGGACAAUGUCAAAUACCUGUCUACUUUGCAAAAGUAUACAGAACCACUGUAUACAGGCACACCUGAAGCGAUCAUUGAAAGCCUUCCUGCUUUGAUGAACAACGUAAAAAUGAUGUUGACCAUUGCCAGAUACUACAGCACUCAAGAGCACAUGACAACUUUGUUUGUCAAGAUUACGAAUCAGAUGAUCAAAACUUGCAAGAAGAGUAUUGAAUGCCCUGUCAUUGGAGAGAACAAAGUCAGGUUGUGGGACCAGGACUAUGAAAGCUUGCUAAAACGACUGGAGAUGAGUCUUAAGUUGAACGAUGCGUAUCAAGAGCUUUAUCGCCUUACCAAAGAAAAGCUUCAGACCCAGCCCAAAGUGAAACAAUUCGAUUUCAAUGAAAGUAGAAUAUUCGGAAAAUUUGACCUUUACUGUAAAAGAGUUCAAAAGCUCAUGGAUAUGUUUACUACCAUAGUACAAUUCAGUGCCCUUGCAAAUAACAAAGUUGAAGGUAUGGAUUCUUUGAUUUCGCAAUUCUUUCAGCUUGUUGAUGACUUCAAGAAAAAACCUUACGACCUUUUGGACUACACCAAGAAUGCAUUUGAUCGUGAUUUUCUUGAGUAUAAUGUGAACAUUGCAGAAUUGGAGACUCAACUCCAAGGGUUCAUCAAUGCAAGUUUCGAAAACAUUACAAGCACUGAACAUGCUCUUGCGUUGCUUAAGCAAUUCGAGACCAUUCUGCAAAGGGAAACUCUCAAAUCCGAUCUUGACAGCAAGUACACCGUCAUCUUUCACAACUAUGGUCUAGAUUUAGAGACAGUGCAGAAAAUCUACGACAAGCAAAAAAAUGCCCCUCCGACUGUUCGCAACUCUCCACCAGUUGCAGGCAAUUUGAUUUGGGCGAGGCAGUUGCUUCGAAGAAUUGAGGACCCGAUGAAAAAGUUUCAAGCCAACAAGAACAUCAUGACCACCAAAGAGUCUAAAAAAAUCAUCAAGACUUACAACAAAGUAGCACGAGCUCUGAUCGAAUAUGAAACUCUUUGGCAUCAUGCUUGGUGUAAGUCUAUCGAGGCAGCAAAGGCUGGUCUUCAAGCUUCACUGAUUGUGAGACAUCCGAAAUCAGGAAGGCUCUUCGUGAAUUUUGACAGAGAGAUCUUACAGCUAAUGCGAGAGACAAAAUGCAUGCAGCGGAUUGGAAUUGAGGUUCCAGAAAGUGCAAAAAUGGUCCUGUUGCAAGAGGACAAAUUCAAAUCCUAUUUCAACCAACUUUUGUUUGUAUUGAAGGAAUACGACAGAGUCCUAGGAAAAGUCAUUCCUGUGAUUCGUCCACUUCUGAAGCCGCAUCUCGAUGAUUUGGACAGGAAGAUUCAACCUGGAAUGUUGAUGUUGACUUGGCAGUCCAUGAACAUUGAUGGGUAUCUGAACAGAAUUCAUCAGGGUCUUGCGAAAUUUGAAGAACUUGUCAAGAAGAUCAACGACCUCAUAGAAAACCGAGUGGAGUCAAAUCUCAAAUAUAUCAGCAAGACAUUGCUGGUUGAUAUUCAGUCAGAUUCUUCAUUCACUUUGGAUCAAUUCGUCAUCAUGCAAGAAAAGGUGACCAAGAAGAAAACUCAGAUGAUGGAUGCCAAGAAUCUCGAGGUUGAGCGUGCUGUUGAAGAUCUCAUCAACAUAGUGCUCAAUUUUCCCAUUGAAGACACGGAAGUUUCCAGUAUCAGCGAAGAGACGAUCCAGAAAUUGAGGGAUCACUAUAGCCGGCUCAUGUACUUGGCUAUCUUGAACACCACAAAGAGCUCCUUUCAUACCUUGAAGCGCAGGCUGGCAUCGCGAUCUGGAAUGGGGGCAAUAGUCGCUGACAAGCCCUUCUUUGACGUAAAUGUAGAGCUUGCAGUGCCACAUGUUACUAUGAACCCGAGCUUGGAUGAAAUUCAAGCAGCGAUCAAUCGAUGUGCCAUCAAUGUGUUGAAGUGUUCGAAGAGUAUUUGCCAAUGGGGCCAAGACCGUACACAAGAUGUCAACAAGCUCCAGACAUUUCACUCAUUGAUUGCCCAAGACCGCGAGAUCGUGAAAGUUGUCCUUUUGCUGACUGGAAGUGUUGAAGGUACAAAAAAACAAGUCCAUGAUUACCUCCAGACAUUUUUGCAAUAUGAACAUUUGUGGAAAAUGGACAAACAGGCUGAAUAUAAAAAGUUCAUGGCAACGGAACCGGACAACGAAGCAUUUGAUAAUGAAUUGAAGAAAUAUGUUGAAAUUGAGCUCACAAUCGACAAUAUUCAAAGGGUGCACAAUAUUGGAUGUAUGUCGUUGGAUACAAAUCCAGUGAAAAGCUCGCUAAAGUCAGAAGCUGCUGCAUGGAAGUCCCAAUAUUCUAGAAAUUUGCAUUCGCAAGCACGAGACGAAAUGUUAUCAUUGCAAGAUAUGAUGAAAGAGACACUUCAGAAGCUUGAGCGUCCAUUGAAUGAUUUAGAUGACGUGCGAGAUGUCAUGAAUGUGCUGAAAGGAAUUCGAGAGCGAGAGUCCGAGAUCGAUUAUCAGAUCAUACCUGUUCAAGAGAAGUAUCAACUGCUCUCAAACAACAACGUGUAUGUUGAAAAAGAGGAGUAUGACGAAUUGAGCAACCUUGAAGAGACAUGGAUCAGGGUCAAAUCUCAAGCAAUGGCUGCUGGAGACCGCCUUGCUAGCUUGCAAGCUGGGUUCAAACAAACCUUGACGGAAAAUGUGAAAGAAUUUGUUGCUGAUGCGAAAGAUUUCAGGCAAGAUUUUGUUGACAACGGCCCUAUGGUGCAGGGAAUUCCACCCAUGGAAGCUGCUGAAAGGUUGAACAAGUACAAGCGAUUGUUUGAAGAGCGACAAAGAAAAUGGGAUUCUUAUUGUGAAGGAGAAGAGCUGUUUGGUUUACCCAUAACCCAGUAUCCAGAACUGGAACAGUGCAAGAAAGAACUUGAACUGCUGGACAAAUUGUAUUCCUUAUACGUGAACGUGGUUCAAGGAAUCAAGGGAUAUGGCGAUCUGCUAUGGGCUGAUGUUGUAGCAAAUAUCGACAGCAUGACAGAAGCUGCCACUGCAUUUCAGUCUCAGUGCAAAAGAAUGCCCAAGCAGCUGAGAGAUUGGGAGGCUUACGGCGAGCUGAAGAAAACUAUCGAUGACUUCUUUGAAGUGCUGCCACUGUUGCAGCAAUGUUCAAACAAAAGCAUGAGAGUUAGGCACUGGAAGGCAAUAAUGCAAGUAUGUGGCAAACAGAUUCCGAUGGACGAAAAUGGUCCGUCGGCCGAAAACUGCAAAUUGCAGCAUGUGCUAGAUCUUGGAAUGGUUUCGUUCUCGGAAGAUAUUGAGGAUAUUGCCGGGGGAUCUGAAAAGGAGUUGCAGAUCGAGAACAAGUUAGACGCUAUCAUCCAAAUUUGGGAAGCCCAAGCAUUCGCAUUUUCCCCUUUCAAGAAUCGAGGUCCUGUCAUUCUUGAAAGCAAAGCUUUGGGUGAAAUCAUGGAAUCUUUGGAGGAAUCACAAAUGAAUCUUGGGUCAAUGGCUGGCAACAGAUACUCAGCUCCCUUUCGUGAGAGAGUUAUGGAAUGGAUAGCAAAUCUUUCCACGGUAUCAGAUGUUGUAGAGCAAUGGGUUGCAGUGCAGAAUCUCUGGGUGUAUAUGGAAGCGGUGUUCUCAAGUGGAGACAUUGCAAAACAACUUCCCCAAGAGGCAAAACGGUUUCAAACAAUUGACAAGAACUUCAUGAAGAUCACUUCCAAGGCAAACGAAGUUCCGAAUUGUGUUCAACUUUGCUGUGGGAAUGAGUUGAUGAGGACACUUUUGCCACAUCUCACGGAACAAUUAGAACUUUGUCAGAAGUCAUUGACGGGUUAUCUGGAAACCAAAAGAAAUUGUUUCCCUCGCUUCUACUUUUGCUCUGAUGGUGUCUUGCUAGAAAUUCUUUCUCAAGGUUCUGACCCUCAUGCAAUCGUUCAACAUUUGCAAAACGUCUUUGAUUCUUUAGCUGCGCUUUCAUUUGACAAGCAGAAGAAGAAUACUGCUGUCACUAUGGUUGCUAACGACAAAGAAGAAGUGAGGUUUUCGACUCCGUUGAAUCUUGGUGGAAAUGUUGAGGAUUAUCUAGGGGAUCUCGUGAAUCAAAUGCAGGAAACUUUGCAUGAUAUUUGCAGGGAAUGCGGAGCAGAAUGUGAAGGAAUGAGCUGUGAAGAAAUCGUCGAGAAGUUUCCAGCUCAAGUUGGCAUCAUGGCUAUUCAAUUCCAAUGGACCAAUGAAACAGAGGAUGCACUCAAGCGAGCUCGACAAGACAAGUCUUCCUUGCAUGGUUCGAAUAAGAAAGCACUGGCCGUUCUCAAUGAAUUGAUCGGAAUGACGGUGAUUGACAAAUGGAACAAAUUGGAACGCACCAACAUCGAAACUUUGAUUACCAUUCAAGUUCAUCAAAAGGAUGUUUCAGAAGAGCUUGCAAAGAAGAAGGUGAAGGAUCCACAGGAUUUUGAGUGGUUGAAGCAAGCACGAUGUUAUUGGAAGGUAGAGAAGGACUGGACGGUCAUUUCAAUAUGCGAUGUUGAUUUCGAUUAUUCACACGAGUAUCUUGGAUGCAAGGAGCGCCUCGUUGUCACUCCAUUGACAGAUCGAUGCUACGUGACACUCUCUCAAGCGAUCGGAAUGUUCCUAGGAGGAGCACCGGCUGGUCCUGCAGGAACUGGAAAGACCGAGACCACUAAGGACAUGGGACGAAUGUUAGGAAUUUUUGUUGUUGUUUUCAACUGCUCUGAUCAGAUGGACUACAAGGCAUUGGGCAAGAUUUACAAGGGUCUCGCCAUGGCUGGUUGCUGGGGAUGUUUCGACGAGUUCAAUCGCAUUGACUUAGAUGUUUUGUCAGUUGCUGCCUCUCAAGUAGCCUGUGUUUUGGCAGCACAACGAGAACGCAGCAAAGAGUUUGUGUUUACUGAUGGACAAACAGUUCAAUUGAGACCUGGAUGCAGUUAUUUCAUCACCAUGAAUCCUGGCUAUGCAGGAAGGCAGGAGUUGCCUGAAAACUUGAAAGCCUUGUUUCGUGGAGUUUGCAUGAUGGUUCCAGACUUCAUGUUGAUCAUCAGGGUGAAAUUAGCUGCAUGUGGAUACUAUGAGAAUCAGGUCAUUGCUAAGAAGUUUGACCUUUUGUACAAUUUGUGCAAGCUGCAGUUGACAAAGCAGACGCACUAUGACUACGGACUUCGAAAUAUCCUCUCUGUCUUAAGGACAGCUGGUAAAGUCAAGCGUGAGAACCUCAGUGCACCUGAGCCAUUCUUGAUGAUGCGAACACUACGUGACAUGAACAUGUCCAAGAUGAUUGCUGAAGACGUUCCUCUCUUCUUAUCUUUGAUUGAAGAUCUUUUUCCAAACAUUACUGCAGAGAAGGCCACCUUUCCACAGGUUGAGAGUGCAGCAGAAAACUAUGCAAAAGAGAAGAAUCUGCAAUGGAAAGAAGCUCCUGAAUGGGCGGGCAAGGUUGUGCAGGUUUUGGAGACCUACUUUGUAAGACAUGGGAUUGGAAUCGUUGGGCCCACUGGAGCUGGAAAGACUAUGGCGUUGGAAACACUCGCAGGGGCAUUGACGAUGACUGACGAGAAGCACGUCAUCUUGAAAAUGAAUCCUAAGGCUGUGACGGCUGCCCAGAUGUUUGGAAAGUUGGAUGCCACAACUGGAGAUUGGACAGAUGGAAUCUUUGCUGUGCUAUGGAGGAAAGGAACCAAGGCAAAGAACUCAAAGACUUGGAUUCUGCUCGAUGGUCCUGUAGAUGCAAUUUGGAUUGAGAACCUGAACACCGUGCUGGAUGACAACAAACUGCUCACUCUGGCGAAUGGUGAUAGAAUUCCGAUGACGCCUGAGAUGAAGGCAAUCUUUGAACCUGAGAACUUGAUGAAUGCCUCUCCAGCUACUGUUUCCCGCAUGGGAAUCAUCUUCUUCUCUAUCAGUGUCCUUGGAUGGAAGCCAUUGGCUCAGUCAUGGCUGCAGACGAGGAGAGAUAAGGAACAUCAGAUCUUGAGAAGUCUCAUAGACAAGUAUGUUGACCCCCUGUUUGAAUUCCUGUUCCGAGACUGCAAGGCUGUUAUGUACUCCACAGAGGGAAUAUACUUGAACAGUGCCUUCAAGAUAUUUGAAGAGUUAACUGCUCCUUUCAUCGACACCAAACAAAUCCUAUCCGAUGAACACAUGGAACGACUCUUCAUUUUUUCGCUGUGUUGGUCCCUUGGUGCCCUCCUGGAACUCUCGGAUCGUACCAAAUUCAAUGAGAAGUUGAUUGCAAUCGCAGAGAAUGCUCCGAAUCUUGACGAGGGCGAUACCUGUUAUGAAUAUUUGGUCGACGCGCAGGGAAAUUGGCAACAUUGGAGAACUAAAGUUGAGUCCUGGGAGUAUCCUCAGGAUCGUGAACCAAAGUUUGCAGAGCUUCUCAUUCCAACCUUGGACUCACUUCGAUACGAGUCGAUGCUUGCUACGUUGGUUCCAGCUGGAAAACCAGUUUUGUUCACUGGUGGUCCAGGAGUCUCGAAGACUGCAUGUAUCUUGAUGUAUCUUACAAACCUGAACGAGGAAAUCUACAACAUCAAGAUGACUCCGUUUUCUUUCGUCACAACUCCGAUGAUUUAUCAGAGGACUCUGGAGAGCACUGUAGAGAAGAGACAGGGAAGGACUUACGGACCACCUGGUGGAAAGAAGUGCGUCUUCUUCAUUGACGACAUCUCUAUGCCUGUCAUCAACAACUGGGGCGAUCAGAUCACAAACGAGAUAGUCAGGCAAAGCAUUGCCGAGGCUGGUCUUUACAAUCUCGAUAAGCCAGGUGAAUGGAAGGGCUUGGUGGACAUCUGUUACACAGCAGCUAUGACACAUCCAGGAGGAGGUAGAAAUGACAUCCCGAACCGUCUGAAACGUCAGUACUGUCUGUUCAAUGUAACAAUGCCAUCGUUGAUCGCUGUAGACAACAUCUUCGGAUCAAUUAUCCGUGGUCGCCUGUCCGAAUCGUCUGGAGUACCCAAAGCUGUGGCGAACCUUGCAUCGAAAUUGACAGAGGCUACCAUUCAGCUUUGGCAGAAAACUUCAAGUAAGAUGCUUCCAACGCCAGCGAAAUUUCACUACUUGUUCAACAUGCGAGAGCUUUCAAGAGUAUUUGCUGGAAUAUUUGAGGCCCCAAGAGAAACUGUCCGAGACGAAGUCUACCUUGUCAAGCUUUGGCGUCAUGAGUGCGAAAGGGUGUUCUCCGAUAAGCUCACGAAUCUUGCAGACAAGGAAUGGGAAAACAACUGUAUUUUAGAUGUAAUAGAAGAUGUUUUUGGAGGUGAGAUGAGAAGCAACGUUCAAGGGAUGUGUUAUUUCGUGAACUUUCUUGGUGAUCCGAUCAUCGAUGCGGAUGGAGUGGUCGAAGAUGAAAGACCAAAGCUUUAUGAGGAGGUGAAGGAUCGCGAGUUCGUGAAGAACAAGGCGUUAGAAUUCCAAUCAAAGCACAAUGAGGAGAACAAGGUUGGCAAGUUGGAGCUUGUCUUGUUCGAGUAUGCCUUGGAGCAUUUGAUGAGAAUCAAUCGAGUCAUUUGCAUGGAUCGUGGUUCAAUGAUGUUGGUUGGAGUUGGAGGAUCUGGAAAGCAAAGCCUUACAAGGCUUGCAUCCUUCAUAGCAGGAAAUUUCACUUUUCAGAUAGUAAUCACGAAACAUUACAACACUGGAAACCUUUUUGACGACCUGAAGCUGUUAUACAGGACUGCGGGAGUUCAAGGCAAGCCAGUCACUUUCAUUUUCACUGAUGCCGAAGUCAAAGAAGAAGGAUUUUUAGAGUACAUCAAUCAAAUCCUUUCCACAGGAGAGGUGUCAGGCCUGUUUGCAAAAGAUGAACAAGACACCAUCGUCGGGGAAAUGCGUCCAAUCGCAAAGAAAGAGGCAGGAAAGGGUUUCGUGGACUCAGCCGACAACCUUUGGAAGUAUUUCCGAGAUAGGGCGAGAAACAAUCUGCACGUGGUCUUGUGCAUGUCUCCGGUGGGAGAUUUGCUUUCAAGUCGCUGCAGGAAAUUCCCUGGGCUUAUCAACUGCACGACUGUCGAUUGGUUCCUUGCAUGGCCGGAACAAGGAUUGAGAGAUGUGUCAGAGUCGCUCAUCGGCAGGUUCGACAUGGCGUCCACAGCUGAAGUGAAAGCUGCUGUCAUCAAUCACAUGGGAACGGUUCAUAAGAUAGUUCAAGAUGCAACUCUUGAAUACUUCCAGAAGUUUCGAAGGAAUGUGUAUGUCACCCCUAAAUCUUACUUGUCAUUCAUCAAGAGCUACACAGACGUCUACAAACGAGAGAAAGACAAGGUAGACGUGUUGAAAAUCAAGAUCGACAAUGGUCUUGAGAAGCUCUUCCAAGCACAAGAUGAUGUCAAGAAAAUGAAAGUGGAAUUGGCGGCCGCUGAGGUUGUUCUGGCAGACUCUGUAAAGAAGUCAUCAGAGCUCAUGAAGGAGAUUUCAGUAGCCACGCAGGCAGCAGAAAAGGUUAAAUCCUCUGCCAAGGAGAUUGCAGAUGCUGCCAAUGAGAAAGCUACAACGAUUGGAGCUGAGAAGGCUGAGGUCGAACGAGAUCUCGAAGCGGCAAAGCCGGCCUUGCUUGAGGCAGAAGACGCCUUGAAGGCAAUCAAACCUGACGACAUCAAGAACCUCAAGAGCUUGAAGAACCCGCCUGUUGUCAUCAAGAUCAUCUUCGAUGGCGUGUUGAUCCUUAGACGCAGACAGAUGGGAGUGAACUGCUACAAGGAUAACUAUUCGGAAGCCUCCAAGAUGAUGAACGAAUCAUCCUUCCUCGCAGAUCUGCAGAACUUCCCCAAAGAAAGCAUCACUGACGAAGAUUGUGAGCUCCUCGCACCGUAUAUCCACCAUCAGCUCUUCACAGAGGAGAUGGCGGCAAAGGCUUCUGGCCUUGCUGUAGGUCUUUGCAAGUGGGUGAAAGCGAUGGAGACGUAUCACAUGAUCGCCAAGGUUGUGAUACCCAAGAUGGAUGCGCUGAGGCUCAAGGAGGCUGAGUUGGCCACUGCUAUGAAGAAGCUGGCAGCUGCAGAGGCUGAGCUGGAGAAAGCUCAGAGCGAGACAGACAAGCUGCAACAGAAGUUCGAUGAAGCCAUGUCAGAGAAGCAACGGCUGCAGGAAGAGGCUGAUACCACCAAGAGAAAGAUGGAUGCUGCUACUCAGCUCCUCAACGGCUUGGCCGGAGAACGAGACCGAUGGACUCAGCAGUCUGCUGAUUUUGCAGAUCAGAUAGCAAGGUUGGCUGGUGACAGCGCCAUCGCCUGUGGGUUCAUGUCGUACACGGGGCCUUUCAACAAGACCUUCCGAGAUCUUCUCUUGGGCACGCUCUUCCUCGAAGACAUCAUGUCCAAGAACAUCCCUGUGACGAAGAACCUCUCUGUUACCACCAUGCUCACAGAUGAAGCCACAACUGGCCAGUGGAAUCUCCAGGGACUCCCUACCGAUGAUCUGUCGAUCCAGAAUGGUAUCCUGACCACCACGGCUUCGAGAUAUCCUCUCAUGGUGGAUCCCCAAGGUCAGGGCUUGACUUGGAUCAAGAACAAAGAAUCGAGCAACGAUUGUAAAGAAACUAGCUUCGUCGACAAGAUGUUCAGGACACAUCUCGAAGACUGCAUGUCCUACGGCAAGCCUCUUCUGCUCGCGAAUGUCGAAGAAGAACUGGAUCCAGUUCUAGAUCCCGUUCUCGACAAGGCAUUCCAAAGGAAAGGCAAGGGAUACAUCGUGGCUCUAGCCGACAAAGAAUGCGAUGUCGAACCGGAAAAGUUCAAACUGUACGUGACCACCAGGCUUGCGAACCCUCACUUCACUCCCGAGUUGUCUGCAAAGGUGACGGUCAUCGAUUUCACUGUUACGAUGAAGGGGCUCGAAGACCAGCUGCUAGAUCGUGUCGUUCAGUUCGAGAAACCUGAGCUGCAGACAGAGCGAACAAAGUUAAAGACGGAAGUGAAUGAUUACAAGGCUAAGAUCAUGGAGCUUCAAGAUGACCUGCUUUAUCGUCUAGCAAACUGCGAGGGAUCCUUGUUGAACGACGAGGACAUCAUUGACGUGCUCAACAUCACCAAGAAGACUUCUGCGGAAGUGACGGAGAAGUUGAAGAACGCGGGCGAGGCUGAAGAAAGGAUCCGCGCAGCUUGUGAGGAGUAUCGUCCCAUCGCUGCCCGGGGAUCAAUCAUCUACUUCUUGAUCGCAGAGAUGAGCGUUGUGAACCCCAUGUACAACACGUCUCUCGCUCAGUUCAUCCAGGUGUUCCAGCUCUCCAUGGUCCAGUCAGAGAAGGCUGCCAUCCCAGCCAAGAGGAUCACCAACGUGGUGGAGGAGUUGACGUUCCGAACCUUCCUGUACGUCUGCAGAGGCUACAUGGAGAUCCACAAGAAGAUCUACACGCUGCUCCUUGCGCUGAAGCUGCAGCUGCAGGCCGAGCUCAUCAACCAGGAUCACUUCUCCUGCUUCGUGAAGGGCGGAGCGGCCCUCGACAUCAACGCCGUGAAGAAGAAGCCCAAGGAGUGGAUCCCCGACCAGGUCUGGCUCAACAUCAUCCAGCUGAGCAUGUCGAUCCCAUUGUUCAAGGAGCUCGCUGACAUUGUGACUCGCAACGAGAGCCUGUGGAAGCAGUGGUACGACCAGGAGGCCCCCGAGGCCGUCCCUGUCCCCGACAUCGACGACCGACUCGACAAAGUGAACAAGAUGCUGCUAGUGCGAAGCAUCCGAACCGACCGAACGAUGAUCAGUGCUGAAGAGUACAUAGAAGAGGCGAUCGGGAAGAAGUUCACCGACACUUACCCCCUCAAUCUCGAGCAGACCCAUCAGGAUAUCUGCGAGCUCGUGGACAGCCCAGAGCGCGUUCCCGUCAUCUUCGUCUUGACUCCCGGGUCCGAUCCGACUGAGCUUGUGAUCGCGCUGGCCAAGAAGAAGAAGAAGGAGGUGCUCUCGGUCUCCAUGGGCCAGGGUCAGGAGAUCGUUGCCCGACGAUACAUCGAGCAGUGUGUGGCCAACGGUGGUUGGGUGCUGCUGCAGAACACCCACUUGGGGCUCAAGUACCUGGUGGAGCUCGAGCAGACCAUCGGCAAGCUCGAGGAGAUCGAGUCUGAGUUCAGGGUGUGGAUCACAGCAGAACCUCACAACGGCAUCCCCAUCGGCCUCCUCCAGAUGUCCAUCAAGAUCACCAACGAAGCUCCUGUCGGCAUGCGCGCAGGCAUGAAGAGGUCGUACGCCUGGAUCACCCAAGACACCCUGGAUGCUGUUCCUCGCAUCGAGUGGCGAACGCUGCUCUGGGUCCUGUGUCACCUACACAGCGUGGUGCAGGAGAGGAGGAAGUUUGGAGCCAUCGGCUGGACGGUCCCUUAUGAGUUCAACCAGUCUGACCUGAGCGCCUGCACCAACUUCCUGCAGAAUCAUAUCCUGGACAUGGACGCUAAGAAAGCCAAGGAGGUGACAUGGUCCACAGUCCGGUACAUGAUCGCUGAGAUCCAGUACGGAGGAAGGAUCACCGAUGACUGGGAUAGGAGGCAGAUGAACACUUUUGCUGAGAAGUUCUUCUGCAACGCCGUGCUCGAGCCCAACUACAGCUUCCUCAAGGGCUACACCAUCCCGCAGGGGACGGACAUUAACUUGUUUCGGGAGCACGUUAACUCCUACCCGGCGACUGACAGCCCUGAGGUGUUCGGUCUCAACAUGAACGCCGAUCUUGUCUUCAGAGUCGACAACGCCGAGAAGGUGUUUGCAACUAUCCUUGAGACACAACCCAAGGGCGGCGGCGGUGGCAGUGGCAAGUCGAGGGAGGAGGUUGUGACCGAGCUGUGCAAAGACCUUCUCUCCAAGUUGCCGGCUAACUUCAACAUGAACGAGAUCAAGUCCUCGUUGAAGAAGGCCGGGGAAAGCAAGCCCGUCAACAUCUCCCUUCGGCAGGAGAUCGACGUGUUGCAGAAGGUGAUGACAGUCGUCCGCAGCACUCUCAAUAACUUGCAGCUUGCGAUCGACGGCACCAUCGUUAUGUCGGACGACCUUGCCUCUGCUCUCGACUCGCUCUCCAACGCCAAGGUUCCCCCCACGUGGCUGCGAGGCGCCUGGUUCUCCCCUACCGUCGGCAUUUGGUUUCAGAGCCUGAUCAACCGCUUCGAGCAGUGGGAUAGGUGGAUCAAGGGCGGCCGACCCAAAUCCUACUGGCUUCCCGGCUUCACCAACGGCCCAGGUUUCCUGACGGCCUGCCGCCAGGAAGUGACCCGAUCGCAUUCGGGCUGGGCCCUCGAUGACGUGGCAGUGUUCACCGAGGUGACCAAGCACGACCCUGAGGACGUGAAGGAGUCGCCAUCGGAGGGAGUCUACAUCCAUGGAAUGUACCUCGACGGGUGCGGAUGGAGCAAGAAGGAGAGCAAACUGGUAGAGGCUCCUCCUAAGAUCCUCUUCAUCCCGCUGCCUUGCAUGUGGGUCACUGCCGUACAAAAGGCGAACAAGAAGGUUGACUACAUGGUCUACGAGUGCCCCGUGUAUGAGCGGAAAGAUCCAAGGAAGCGCGGCAUGACGGCUGCUCAGCCCAACUUCGUGUUCGCUCCUGAGAUCAGGACUGAGGACCCACCGUCCAAGUGGAUUCUUCGCGGAGUUGCGCUCCUGACGUACUACGGAGAGUAAGGGGACGAUGGAGGAGAAGAAAGACGAUAAUGGGAUAACAUGUGUAGAGGAUUGAUUUGAAUAAAUGAAGUUUAUCUUCC